UUUGUUUUUCGGUACAAGUAGAUCUAGACUAGUAGUCUAAAAACGGGGGUUUAGAGUAGCCCACAAUCUUUACCAGAUCUUCGCUUGCCAACUUUCAAAAUACCGGUAGAGGAUCUGGCAAGAGUUAUGUUGAAAGAGCUUGGACCUGGUACUUCGUAUCCCUCCCUCUUGUCCUUGGUAUUACAAUCUGAAUGAAUGGUACUAGUAGUAGUUCUUUCUGUCGUUGCCUAGCUAGUUACCCUGAUAGGCAUUCAAUUGUUCCGUCAGAUUGAAGAAAAGAUCCAGCAGCAAGAACCUAACAACAACAUGUCAUUGUUUCUUCAAAGUACAUUGUGGCUUGUGGCGCUCCUCCCCGUGGCUUGUGGAGGUACUUCCAAUGUCGACGCCGUUGUCAACUCUCGUGGUCACGUCAACGUACGUAUGGAUGGUAAAAGUCAUGAUAAUAGUAAUAUUAUACUUCCAAUAAACCACACCACGACGGCGGAAACAGAAGAAGAUCAUGGUGGUACUGCAAUUGCCUCUUGGAUCAAAGCUUUGGGUGGUCACGUCCAUGACGAAAUUGACAUUCGACAGAUGGUAGACGCCAACAACAACAAUGUCAGUGAGUAUCGUCUGUUUGUCAAAGCCGAUAUCCCUAUCGGUACGCCACUCUUGGUACUUCCCAAGGAAACCUUGAUCAUGACCAAGGCUGCUGUUCCGACUCAUGAUGAAGACAAGCAAUGCCGUCGACAACUCACGGCUCGAACACUCCGUCACGAAAUGAAACUCGGGUCAAAGUCUCAGUAUGCUCCCUACAUUCAGUACUUGCAGGAUGCUUCACCACCAUCGAGGGUGCCCACCGCAGCAUGGUCCCGCCCCGGGAAGCAACUCUUGAAUCGGUUAUUGAGCAAGGCCAAGCAAAAGGAAUACGAUAUUAUGGACGACGACGACAAAGAAGAGGAAGAAGAGUACUACUGGGGAAUGAACAUUGAUUUGCCACCCGAGCACCCCGCACAAGAUUCACUAAUGGAUGCUCUUUAUGGAUCCUGCGAUUUGACAACCAAGGACAUGGAAACAGAGGGGGUCGAAAGUAUGCUCCUGCUUCAUCAGCAUGCAUGGAGUGAACGAAACGAAGUCAUGAUCCCUCUAUAUGAUAUGCUCCAGCAUCGCCGUGGCAAGGAUGUCAACACGCUAGUGGAGUUUUUUGAGGAUUCCUACGAUAAUAAUAAUAAGGGAGAGCUCAUGGAGGUGGUCAUCAAGAGCAGUCGAUCCAUUGAAAAAGGAGAAGAGUUGUUUGCGUCUUACUACAAUAAAGAGGCAGAAGAUUAUGGAACUCCAGAGCUCUUUCGAGACUUUGGCAUUGUUGAAGCUUACCCUCGAGCCUUCUACUUUCACCAGACUGAUGUUCAGUUUGUCCUGGAUGCAGAAGAGAGUCUGAUCAAGAACAAGAAAUCGGACCGUGCCAUCUUUCUCCGGUGGCUGCACCAGAGACCCUAUGACGAGGACAUUCAAUUCUUGAAGAGACAGCUACAACGUCUUGUGUUGUUUGCAAGUCAUUUGGAAUCCCCGGACCCCGGUAUUCCAGAUCACGAAUGGGAGUUGAUCCUGCAGUAUUAUCAAGCCAUUGUGACAGCCAUGGAUGAAGCCAUCUACGCAUACGACGACAAGAACACACCUAUUGUUGCAGAGGGUGGCUAUGCAGAGUAUGACAUGCUGGAAGAGAAGCCCGAUUCGCUCAACUACUUGCAGCAAACAUGUGAUGCUCCUGAAAUUCUCAAGUUCAUUGGCUACAACAAUACGGAGAAAGUUCAAUCUCAGUAUCAGAAGGUAACCUUUUUUGCACACAAUGAAACCAACGACACUUGCUUUGACUUGGAUGGGACUGUUCAAAUCUGCAGUUCCUACCGUCCCCACUAUCACGAAAUGGCUGUGCACUACACUGCACGCUACUUGGAGAAACUGGAGAGAGUCCUGUUUGUUGGAGGCGGUGAUUCGAUGCUGCUUCAUGAGAUUCUCAAGUAUGAUACGCUUCAAAAGGUAGUGGGGCUGGAACUUGAUCAGAAAGUCACUCGCAAAUCGUUCAAGCACUUGGGAACUCAACCUCACUGGGAUAACCCAAAAGUGGAGUGGUGGUUUGGUGAUGCAUCCAAGAGCCUUGGCAUGCUACCGGCAGUCUACUUUGGGUCCUUUGAUCUAGUCAUUAUGGAUCUCUCGGAAACUGUAAUGUCACUUACAGUGACCGAUGGUUUAGAUAUCUUUGGAGCCUUGGCCCUGUUGCUGAAGCCAGAAGGCAUCAUCGUGAAGAAUGAGGUCUAUCUUGAGAAGUUUGCAAGCCUUUUCGACUACACCAUGCAAGCAAACCUUUACGGCACCCCUGUGGUGUGCUCCCAAGUGAUGGUCUACGGUAGCUAUGAGAACGACUUCCUCAAAAGGAAGCCGAUCAAUCAUCAUGUGGACACGCUGCUGGCCGACCAAAGGGAAGACAUGACCAGCGAGUAUGGGCUUUGGCAUGACUACAGAAACAGCACGGGGAGGUCUAUUGAUCACUGCAAAGAGAUGGAUGAGACCAAAGAUGAACCCAUCAAUCAAACCAGUAGCCCUGGCAUUAUUAUGGUUGUUGAGGCAGAGGAGACCAGCGACCUUGUGGCUCACCCCAUCCAUUUGACGGCGGCAAUAAUUGAGGCCAUGAAGGAGGCAGGCUUUAGUCCGGUGUCUGAUACUGCCCGUGAAGCUGAUCCCAGUGAUGAAAAGAGUAGGGGGGUCAUAUCCGUCGUCCUCAAAGAGGGCUACAUUACGGCUCGCACUUGGCCAAACAGAAAGUACUGUGCAUUCGACAUUCAUCUCUGGAGCAAGUUUGAAAAGCAUGGCGAGCUGAAGACAGCCCUGAUCACAGCAGUAGGGACUCCGGAACGUGCAUCGUCAUCGUACCGCAUUGUCGCUGGAGGAAUGCUAGGGGUUGCCUCUUGGAAGGAGGACGAAAAGAAUCGUGGUCCUCGGCAAAGGGACUCUGCUUGUUCUGGCAACCAUAGUGACGAUACGGGCGGUACAAGACACGUUGGGCAAGCUGUUCUGGGCACUAUCCUGCAGGAAAGUGUGGAACUGAUUGGACGCAGCAACAUCAGUGUUGCCAUAGUGUGUGGAUUUGAAAAUGAGAAAUGCGAAAGCCUCGAGGUAGCUUCAAACGUUGAAUCAAUAGGCUCCGUUAUUCCACUCUGGGCUUGCCCACAGUUGGAAGGACUCGACCGAGACGACGAAAGUGGCAUUGCAUGUUUGCGCAGGUGCAGAGCAGACACUUUUGACACACUGGAAGCGGCAACCGAAGAAAACGAGGCGCUUCGUCUGGUUGUGGUGGAUCCUGGUGCUCCAUUUGCUAUGGGGCAAGUUGUCGUCAAGCUCUUUUCCGACGAGAAUCAUAGGGAAGUCUUGCUGGCUGACAGUGGUUUGGUUGUGGCUACCAUGCAAACAGAAGAGGACUCUUGGCGUCGCGCCUUGAUUGACCGAUUCCGCCAUGAUAUUAUCGUGAACGACCCAGUGUUCAGGGCGCAAGCAUUCUUUAAUGAUUCUGUCUCGGGAAUCGAGUUAGGAAUCGCAUCGUAUGGCGACGUGGACUUCAUUCCUCACUUCAAGAUGGCGGUGGCAGAGAUAGAAGAAAAGACUAAUCUUGCGGCUGACAUUCGGAACAUUCAGGGCGGCUUGUUCAACUACCAGCCAGACUUCGACCCACGUUUCUUCUACCCAAAAGACUACGAUCAAACAUCUCCCUUGGACCAAUGGAUGUCCCAGAAGCCUCUUGGUUUCCAAACACUCUUCCAACUAGAAUUACAGCCUUGGAACAAGUACACGAAGGAUGGAGACCGGGUCUCGGUGUACUACGAGGAGACCGACCAAUGGAUCCCGGGGGUUCUGUUGAAGAAGGAAGCAAAGGGAGAUGCCAAUGAUGAUCAAGAACUGUUCAACGUGAAGUUUGAUGAUGGAGAUUAUGGCUAUGACGUUCACCCGAUGUACAUGAGAGCCGAGAUCCUUCCAAAGCUGUCGUUGAAAAAAGUGCAAAGGGCAUGCUCGAAUGCUCUCAAGUCAAUCAAGGUAACACAAGUGACGAGGGAAGACUUUGAACACUUGGGGAAAGGACUUGUGAUUACAGCGUCAUGGGUUGGAGGCGAUGCCACGGUGCUCUGGGACGGCAGCCAGCACAUUGAUAUCAACCUUUUCACCUACAAAGAGACAGUAGAGGUUGCCGAAAGGUUUGUUCAAUCCUUCAGAGCAAAGCUGCCAGCCUGGGGCAUUGCUCUGCGAGACGAACAACCGAGGGGGACUGGCCGUGUAGUGAACUUUCAGAGUGACCUUCAAGCUAUUGAUCGACCGCAUUGGGCACCAUAGCAAGUUCGUUUAGAGCAUCAGAUUCUAAAGCACAGCAUCUGACAUUUAUACAUAUUGCAUACAAGAGUAAACAAUAGGAUUUGGUUCAUUUAUUUG